CGGGAUCCCUCGCGGGAUUUUGCGGAAUCCCGUCCCUCAAUCCCGCACUUUUUUCGAUUUGUGGGGUUUUGCAGUGAUUAUUCCCGCGGGAUCCCGUCCCGCAAACAUUUUAAAAAAAUCCCGCAAACACGAUUUCGUCGACCUCUAAUUCUAACUUUCCCUGUUGAUUUUUAUAAGGGUGAUCUUCUGGGUUUUCCAAACUGCCCUUUGUUUAAUUAAACUUGACCCAAAAAAGAAUAAUCUUGAGACUCUAACAGCCUAUUGAUUUUAUAAUUGUUUAUUUUUUACUUUCUUUUUAAUCUUGUUAUUGAUAGUAAAUAUUUGUUUAUUUUUUUUUAAUGGGACUAAGGCGCAAGGCGCAGAUAUCUUCUCUUUAAAGCUUGUCGAGAAUGGUACCAUUCACGGGAAAAAAUUAAAAAAAUUUUUUUUCGAAAGGGGAGAGGUUUUGCGCCUUGGUACCAUAUCCGCGUUUUUGCGUGUUUUUUUUCGUAUAAAUUUUUUUCUUCUCUAAUUUCCCCUUAUUUUAAAGGUCAAUUUAUGAAUGCUAGAACAAAUCAACUCCAAUUGACCGCAGAAUAUCGGCAAAUAAAGGAUGCCGUUUCAGUGGCAUUUCAUUCAAUUAUGAUACAUCGGGUACUUGGAAAGUUUAAAUUUUCUUCUGACAGCGAUUAUAGCCUUGGCUCUCUUGGGCAUGAAGAAGUGCCGUGCAAUCAUGUCGAUCUCACUUAUAUACGAGUCAACAGUCCCGAAUUUAUCGAUGACUUUAAUGAAAAGGUGGACUUAUUUGUCGAGGCGGUAACCAAAUCAUUGAAGGACGGGUAUUUUUUAAGUGGAAGUGGAAAUCAUUUAAUAUCGCCUUCGUCUGCUCGUGAAGGAGGGAGAAUUUAUGGAAUUGAUUGCUGGGAGGAUCUGAUAUCAACACAAAUUAAACUUGAAUUUUACCAGCGUCGGAAACGACAGUGGCCAAUUCCAGAAGAUACUGCUCCGUGGGAAGUUUGGGAAUUACAUCUAAAUCUUGUUCGUACAUUAAAUAACGAAGAUUUUUUUCGAAUGCGAGAAUAUGUGGCUGAACAACUUUCUGAUAAAGUUUUGACAAUUUGUGAGCUUAUGAAUAAACCGCAAUAUUUGCCAAAAAUUCCAACACGACUGGAGAUUACUUCCGUUUUUGAUAUUCGAUUUCCAAAUUGUGACCCUUAUUUGUGGCGAUUGGAUUCGGAACAUGGUCUCCGUUCAACAGAAAAUAUCUCUUCAGGCACAAGUUUUGUGAAGAAAUUGUUCAGGGAUGGACUUGCUUUCAAUAUACAAUAAAUAUAAAAUAGUUUUUUUAAUAAUUUAAAAAUAAGGGGGAGAAAAAAAUUUAAAAAAUUUUUGCGGCCAAAACAAAAUUUAAAAAAGGUCUUGCUUAAAAAACACAAGCCUUUUAAAAGGGAAACCUUUUUCUUUAAAAUCACUGCCAUUAUAAAAGCCAGAGCACAAAAAAAACAACCACGCACUUAACAAAAACCCCAAAUUUUUUGGCUUAUAUUUUUGAUAGGCCUAGGGAGUAUUUUCUUUUUUGUGUUAAAAAUUGAAUUUUAUUUAUGUAAAAAUUGGUGACUUGAAAAAAAAAUUUUUCUUUGUUGGGAAGUCUUUUGGACUUGAAUAAAAAAAAGUUUCUUUAGCGGUUGAAGUCCAAGUUAUUUCCACGGGUCUUGGAUGGUUAGUAAAGCCGGCACUCAUUC